GCAACGCUCAGGCAGCAGCAGCAGCAAUCAGCUCGAAAUUCCCCAUCAAAACUAAAGCUACAAAAUGAAAUUCUUCUCGCUCGGCAGUGUCCUCGCGCUCUCGGCUGUGGCCAGCGCCGCUCUGGCUGCCCCCCAACUGGAGUCUCGUCUGCGCCGUGAUGUCUCCGAGCUGGUGGCUCCAGCAGCAGCAGCAGCCGCACCCUUGGAGUAUCUGCCGCCAGGCAUCACCGAAGCCGCUCUGCUCGAGCAGCAGCCACUGCCAGUGGAGCUUGAAGCCGAAGCCCAAGCUGAGCCCGAGGGCUACGAAUAUCGCACUGUGCGCCGCCUGAAGCUGCGCCAUCGCAAUCGUCGCGAUGUCUCGCACUUGUAUCUGCCGCCCAGUCAGGCCUAUCUGCCGCCAGCAGAUCCUCCCGCUGCACCCAUCGAUGACACCGAGGAGGUGGUCUCCGCCGUUGAGCCAAAGCUCGCCCGGGAGUAUCUGCCGCCCGCGGAGCUGCAGGAGGAGACCACACCGCUGCCGGAGGAGCCGGAGCAGGAGCAGCCCGAGGCCGAUGUCCGUGUGGUGGAUGUGCCCACAGAGGGCGGCGCAGGGCAGCUGCUCCAGGAUGGCUACCACUACCAGCAGCCAGCGGAGAUGCCCGCAGAGCUGCGCGAGUACCUGCCUCCCGUGCAGGACGAGGCCGUCGUCGUCCUGGAGGGUCCUGCCGAUGGCCAGAGCGCUGUCCUCGCCAACGAUGGCUAUCAGUAUCGCGCCGUGAGGCGCUACAGAUUCUAGCUGCCUUCACUUUGU